GAAUGUGGCUUCAAAUUCAAAAAGACCUGAAUGGUUUACUUUGACUUUAAUUUAACUUCUUGUCAUCAAACACAUCUUCACAACCCCAUCCUCUGUUUUUAAAGAGAAGAACAAAGAUAUAUUCAUUCUAUGAUGUGAAACACAAAUCUGAGUAAAAAAACCAAUCAUGUCUUCUCGAGCCUCUUUCAUCUUCCUUUUCCUUUUCUCCUUCCUCACUAGCUUCAGAGUCUCAGCUCAAUCAAAAAACGUUUGUUCAAAUACAACAACGUAUUCAAGAAACAGCACUUACUUCACCAAUCUAAAAACCCUUUUAUCCUCUCUCUCUUCCCCCAACGCUUCAUACUCCACCGGAUUCCAAACCGCCACGGCAGGACAAGACCCGGAUAAAGUCACAGGACUUUUCCUCUGUCAGGGAGACGUCACGCCAGAGGCUUGCCGUAACUGCGUAGCCUUUUCCGUCAACGACAUACUCAGUCGUUGUCCGAAUGAGAAAGAAGCUGUGCUGUACUACGAGGCGUGCAUGCUAAGAUACUCCGACCAGAAUAUUCUAUCGACCUUGAAUGCUAAUAUAGAAUGGAAAUGGAGGAUGUUGAACGCCAAUAUUUCAACCAACCAAGUAGACCGGUACGAAGAUUUCGUGUGGUCCACGCUGAACCAAGCUGCCGUCGAAGCAGCUAACAGUCCUAGAAAGUUCUCUACGAUAAGUGAUAAUUGGACCGCUCUCCAGACUUUGUACGGCAUGGUUCAGUGCACUCCUGAUCUUAGAAGAAUAGACUGCUUGAGCUGUUUGCAACAAACCAUUAAUGGGAUGCGUCUUAACAGAAUUGGAGCGAGACUUCAUUUGCCUAGUUGUAAUUCAAGGUACGAGCUUUACGCGUUCUUCAAUGAAACGCUCCUUAGAGCACCACCACAACAACAAGCAUCACCACCUGGGAAAGAUAGGAAUUCAAAAGCUUUAGUGGCAGCCAUUGUUAUGCCUAUUAUAGUGGUUGUUCUGAUUUUCAUAGCUGGUUAUUGUUUCUUUGCAAAGAGGACAAAGAAGACUUUGAAUAAUGCUCCAGCCUUUUAUGGAGAUGAUAUGAAAACCAUAAAGUUGCUGCAACUUGAUUAUGGAACAAUACAAGCUGCAACUAAUAAUUAUUCAGAAAAUAAUAAGAUUGGUCAAGGUGGAUUUGGUGAGGUCUACAAGGGUACAUUUUCGAAUGGGACUGAAGUUGCGGUGAAGAGACUGUCAAAAUCAUCAGGACAAGGUGAAACAGAGUUCAAGAACGAGGUUGUUGUUGUUGCAAAGCUUCAGCACAGAAAUCUUGUUAGGCUUCUUGGAUUUUCUAUUGAACGAGAAGAAAGGAUACUGGUCUAUGAGUAUGUGCCCAACAAAAGCCUUGAUUACUUCCUCUUUGACAAUAAAAAGAAUGGUCAGCUGGACUGGACUCAACGAUACAAGAUUAUUGGAGGGAUUACUCGGGGGAUUCUAUAUCUUCACCAAGAUUCACGGCUCACAAUCAUACACCGUGACCUUAAAGCAAGUAAUGUUCUCCUAGAUGCUGAUAUGAAUCCCAAAAUAGCUGAUUUUGGAAUGGCAAGGAUCUUUGGAAUGGACCAAACCCAGGAGAACACAAGCAGAAUAGUUGGUACCUUCGGUUACAUGUCUCCUGAAUAUGCGAUUGAUGGCCAGUACUCAAUGAAAUCUGAUGUCUAUAGCUUUGGAGUGUUACUUCUUGAGAUUAUUAGCGGUAGGAAGAACAGCAGCUUCUACGAGACAGACGCAGAACUUGACUUGGUUACUUAUGCUUGGAAGCUUUGGAGUAACGGAAAUGCUUUAGACCUUGUGGAUCCAAUUAUCUUAGAUAAUUGUCAAAAGAGUGAAGUGGUUCAAUGCAUUUACAUCGGUCUUCUAUGUGUUCAAGAAGAUCCUGCAGAACGUCCGACAUUUUCAACCAUUUUUGUGAUGCUCACUAGUAAUACUGUGACUUUACCAGUGCCUCGGCAACCUGGUUUUGUCGUGCAUAGUAGACCUCCAAAAGACCCGCUUGAGUCAUAUCGAUCUGUUGAUGAUACAUCGAUCACUGUGUUAUAUCCUCGUUGAAUAUUCGGUUAGCAGCUUUUGCCGCUGUAGAAUUACCCCAAAGCAAUUAUUUACAUAUUUCUAGAGGUGGUGAAGCCAGUUUAGUUUUGGUUUGGCAAUCUGGUUUUAUAUAUAGAAACUGAAAUUAAAUAAAACCAUAUGUAAUUCAAUUUGGAUGGUGUUGUCUGAUGCAAUUUUGAAGUUCGGUUCAGUAUUUUUA